AUGCCAAAAGUCAUGAUCACGGACAACGGAGUCCAGUCUACGAUCAGGGCAUUUAAGAGAAAGGGUCAACAGGACCGUGAAAACAAUGAUCGCGCAGUUCACAGAGGCCGAUCAGAGGACAUGGGACGAGAACUGGCCGGAGCUGCAGCUGGCAGUAAUCACGAGUGUGGCGGAGACCACCGGAUACUCGCCGUCAUUUAUCACGCAGGGAAGGGAACCAAGGCUGCCGAACACAUUGUUCGACAGACGGCCGGAACGGGCAGGUGUACACAGACGCCGGCAGAAAACGCGGAAAAAUUGAAGGAGAUCUUCGAACUGUUGCGGAGGAAUAUGGAAACGGCAGCGCAGGAUCAGGCGCGCCACGCUGCGACGGCAUCCACCGACGCCGUUGCCACAGCAUCGGGACCAGCCGAAGCCACCGCCGUUGCCGCAGCCACAGACGCCGGUGCCGCAGCCACAGCCGCCGACGCCGCCGCCGACGCAGCCACAUCCCCCACCACGCACGCCGACACCGCCGCCAGCACCACCGACGCCGCCGCCACCGCGCACACCGACACCGCCACCCCAGGAUGA